AAUUCAGUUUGUGGUCGGUGUUUAUGUGGAAUGGUUGCUAUUGCGGUAGUUUUUCCCAUACAUUUUUGGCAUUUUGUAAUUGUACUAAAUUAAAUUAAGUUAAUUAUACCUACGGAUCAGCCCAUAGGGAGCUAGCAAUUUGUGUUUUCUUUCCAAGGCGAACAACAAAAAUUUCAAAUUGUAUUCUCAUGUAAAGUUUUAAGAAAAAUCGGCAACACGGCCACACAGCUACAAAAACAACGAUAAGCCGCAUACAGCUGUCUACAUCUGCCCGCAAUAGUGGCGAAGAAGAAGAAAUACAGAGAAACACAAAAGCCAAACAACGACGUUUAAAACUGCCUUGCUGGCUUAGCGGAUUUCCUAACUUACGUUCAAAAGCAUGGAAGUUCAUACAGUUAACAGUCUGCACAGCAACUCCUCAUUGAUUUCUGCACUUCAGGCAGCAAACUCAACGAACGCCAGCUCAUCCACACCCAAAAAGAAGAAGGAUCAGUCUCAUUCCCCGUCCCCGACUGCAUCCGUGGAGGCAGCGCUUAUCGAAACUCUGAACAAGCAACAGUUAACCAACAAUACGUUGGAGGCGACGGAAGCUGAGACGGCGACCACGAAAAGCAAUCACAGUCCCUGCGCAAGUCCAGCAAGCUCCAACUCAGAACUGGAGAAGGAUUUCCACGAGUUGCUCGAUCUAAAUGGCUCUCACACCAGCGGCAGCGUUGGAAAAUCGAAUGGAUCGCUCAGCGGCGCUUCCUCGACCACAUCAGCGCCGCCUACGACAAGCACCAAUACAGUAAGCACAUCGGCGACAACGACAAAUGGUGGUGGCCAUGGUGUAUCGACGACGGUACUUGUGACCGGGUUGCCGAAUGUUAAGAAGCGCAUCUCUAGCAGUCGUACACCGACGCGAAAGGCACACCGCAUCAAAUUUUAUCGUAACGGUGAUCGUUUCUAUCCAGGCAUUACCAUUCCUGUUUCCAACGAAAGAUAUCGCUCCUUCGAAAGUCUCUACGAGCAUUUGACGAAAAUGUUGGAGGAGAAUGUUAAAAUACCAGGCGCCGUUCGUACCAUAUACAAUAUGUGUGGCAAAAGGAUUGCCGCUUUGGACGAGCUAGAAGAUGGCCAAAGCUACGUAUGUUCCUGCAAUAACGAGAAUUUCAAAAAGGUCGAAUACAACACCACUUCACAGCCAUUGGCAAACCUGACUUUGGCUAAUAAUCGCGCCAACCAGCGCAUUUCGAAAAUGCAGCGUCCAGCAUCGCCCCUCAAGAACGGAGCCAUGGCCAGCAGUGCACCGGCACCAGCAGCCGGAACAAACAGCAGCCCUUUGAACAGCUCGCGCUUCAGUUCACGUGACAGCGUCGUUCAUCCCCGCAUUGUCACACUCAUCCGGAACGGCACCAAACCACGUCGCAUUAUGCGCUUGCUCCUAAAUAAACGGAACAGUCCCAGCUUCGAGCAUGUAUUAACCGCCAUUACUCAGGUGGUGAAACUGGACACUGGCUAUGUACGAAAGGUGUUUACUCUGUCGGGUGCCACUGUGGCGCAAUUGGCCGACUUUUUUGGACCGGAAGAUGUGUUUUUUGCCUAUGGAACCGAAAGAGUUAACAACAUCGAGGACUUCAAGCUAGAGCCAGACGAGCAACGCGCCAUCAAUGCGAUACGAAAGACACUGCGUACAGCUGGCACCACCUGCAAAGGCCCCAAGCCAAAGAUGCCGGUGAAAAGCAAAAAGGUUUAUCCGUCAGCGCCAAAUGCCCCAGACCCUGGGCAGCCAACUGACAAUCCGCCAGCGAUCAACGACGAAGAAGCGGCUCUACUUAACAGCACUGGUGUCGAACCCUGGCAGCUUCCAGUGGCCAUACGCGACAACUACUUGUUAGGGCCGAUCAUUGGGGAUGGCAACUUUGCUAUUGUGCUGAAGAUUAAAGAGAGGCAGACGGGCGUGCCGUACGCGCUCAAGAUUAUUGAUAAGAGCAAGUGCAAGGGCAAGGAGCACUAUAUAGAUGCCGAGGUGCGUGUGAUGAAGAAACUUCAGCAUCCCCAUAUCAUAUCACUCAUCAUGGACGUCGAUCAGCAGGAGAAUAUGUACCUGGUGCUCGAGUAUGUGAGUGGUGGUGAUCUGUUCGAUGCUAUUACUCAGGUCACACGCUUCUCGGAGAGCCAGUCGCGCAUUAUGAUGCGACACCUGGGCUCGGCGAUGUCUUAUCUACAUUCCAUGGGCAUUGUUCAUAGGGACAUCAAACCCGAAAAUCUUUUGGUCGAACUAGAUGAGUUUGGAAAUGUCAUUGAACUCAAGCUGGCUGAUUUCGGGCUGGCUUGUGAAGUCACCGAACCGCUGCUAGCCGUGUGUGGUACACCUACCUAUGUGGCGCCCGAAAUACUACUAGAUGUCGGCUAUGGGUUAAAGAUCGAUGUCUGGGCAGCUGGCAUUAUAUUGUACAUACUGCUCUGUGGUUUUCCGCCAUUUGUGUCUCAAAACAAUCAGCAGGAACCACUGUUUGAUGCUAUUAUAUCAGGCGUUUACGAGUUUCCAGAUCCAUACUGGUCUGAUAUUGGAGAGGGUGUGCGCGAUCUAAUCGCUAACAUGCUGCAAUCGGAUCCAGACGUGCGCUUUACCAGCGAGGACAUACUGGACCAUUAUUGGACCAUGGGUAACGAUGACAAUGGGUGCUGUGGCGACUUCAGCAGAUGAAUAAUCGUUGCUGUUUGGGGCGUUUAAAGUACAACGCCGUCGUCUAGUAUGUUUUUUAUUAUGUAAUUAGCGCUAUUAAUAUAGGACUUAAUUUAUUUAUAUACCAAAUGCAUAUGUACGUACUGGCGCAUUAUAUAACAAAACCAACAAAGCGCACGCAAAAAUAACUUGCUACAGUUAAUAUAAAUUCCAAUUUCCAAACCGUUUACGGUUCGCUACACGAUGUAUUAA